AUGAAUCAAGAAUCUCCUACCGCUGUAUCUCUGGAAGGGCUUGUGUAUCCUCAUCCCAACCUGACAGACCACACGCUCGACGACAACGACCUGGAGCGGAAUUGUCCUCUGGACCUGGGUCGACACCAUGUUCAACCUCGCCACGACCUCGGUGCUCUGGACGGGCUACCUCUGGAAAUACUCAGCGCUAUCCUCGUUGAUACUCCUCUUCGAUCCCUGAUGGAAUUCCGACGCGUGAAUCAGCGAGCUAUGCAGGUUGUCGACUCCAUACCACAAUUUCAAACAUGCACGCGCUACACACUCGCUCCUCUACGCGGCAUCCUCAGUAUCAACGCAGGCUCGCAUACCACCUGCCAAGACCUCUUCCGUGCAUUAAUAACCUCCAAGUGCGAAGAAUGUGAAGACUUUGCCGGAUUUAUCUAUCUACUCGAUUGUACUCGCGUUUGCUUGCUCUGUUUCUCCGAGAAACAGAGAUAUGUACCCUUAUCAUCCGCCGAAGUUUUGCGUCACUACGGGCUGAAUCGAGGUCGUCUCGCAUCCUUGAUCGGCAUGAGGAGCGUGCCUGGAUGCUAUUCUCCAAAUGAAAAGACAGUACCCGCUCGAUUGGAGCUCUUCGACCAAGCCUCAGCCCGACACGCCGGAAUACAACUUUAUGGAUCUGCCGUGGCGAUGGAGCAGCACACUUCACAAACUGCAGCGAGAAAGUUUGAAAAGCGUCGGGCGAGUUCGAGCGGGAGGCCGGCAAGUACACCGGCGAGGGGAAAUCCUCGUUCGUCGUUUGCGAAACGUUUCAUGGCUGUCGUGCGUGCACCCACCGUGGAUGUAUCGAUAGGCUCAGUAGAAUGGGGCUUCCAUUGCCUCGGUUGCAAAAGGCAGUAUCGAAAGCCACCGCUGCACUGGAGGAGGAAGUAUACUAUCCAGACUUUUGAAGAGCAUGUUCGAGAGUGCGGGCCUAUCGUUGAUGGCGAGCAUGUUUUGCCAUCAAGAGGUGUAGUUUGA